AUGCCCCCGACAGCGAAGAUGUCACAGUCCGCGACGGCUUUUCCUCCCAAUUUCGCCCUCCGUAGGCCAGAGUCAUAUUCGGAUACCACAGAGAUCCUUGAUACGGACUUUGAUUCGGACUCUUUGGAGGCCUACUCAGAUGACUACUCCCGGAAGAGCCUUGGGACAGAAAGUGUGACUACCGCAUCAACCCCAGACGAUGUCAAGACUCCGGAUUCUACGGGCCUCACAGCAUUUCACUUCCACAUUGAUGAAAGCCCAGUAAAAGGACCAGUGGGACCACACCUUUUCCGCCUCUCAGGGGAUUCCUCUGAGAUGAAAGCAUCUCUUGGUGUUGACUUGGUUGCGGAAGACUAUCCCACUAGUGCCACGGCUCCAUUAUACUCUUUUGCUUCCAAACUCGAGCCUGAGAGAUUGGAUACACCUGUCCCAGAGAAUACAAAUGUACAGCAAAAGGUGAAGACACACACAAAGGAGACGACCGUGAACAAGCCUGCAUCCGGACCUUCGGAGUCUGAUGUAUCAUCCUGGUCCCCCGAAGACGUCGUUAUGUGGAUGCAGAACCAAGGGUUUGAUGACUCAAUUAUCGAGAGAUUUUUCGUCAACGAUAUCUCCGGUUCCAUUCUACUUGAGCUCCAAGCGGAUGACCUAAAAGAGCUUGGUAUUCAAUCUUUUGGAAAGCGGCAUCGUCUGAUGGGCUGCAUUCGGCAAUUGCGAGAUAGUGCUUCUAGUACUUGUGACUCGCAGUCUUCGUUAGAUCCCACUUCAAGAGAAGACACAUCAACGCCACACACGACUGCCGCGGACGUAGGUGUGACGGAGUGCACAAGCCCAAUCACAGAGGAGAAGCCUAGGGCCGCGUCCGCCCAGCGCCGACGUCGUCACCGUCACAAGCGUCGUCAAGGAACCGAUCUCGUCCCUGAGGAUUCAGUCUCGAUUGUUGCGAUCGAGCAGUUGUUGCCAAGGUUGCACACCUGCUCAAAGGGAGAAAACUGUCGCAAGUGGCAAAAGCAGCAAGCGAAACUCGCCCGGCUAGCCAAAGACGUCCCUAUCGAAUGUCUAGGCGGGUCUGUCCUCAUCACUGGCGACCCGGGGAAUGCUGCUACUGCACAGACUAUAGCAAAGACACCCAAGUCAGAGGUGACGCCAUCUGUCAUCGCUUCCUCCGAUGCCUUGGGCCAAAACCAGAGCCCUGAAGUCCAGCUUUCCCAAGAGAAGCUGAACGACGUACGACCUCGGGAUCCUCAGGAAAAUGUCCGCAACUUCCUCAAUUUUCAAAGGCUCAGCAGGCUUCAGCCAGUGACUGACCCCGCUACCCCUCCCAAAGAAUUCUCACCAAGUUCUGAUUCGCCUGGAUCAGCCAAGGGCAACGCUACCCUAUCGGAGAAUCUACGCCAUCUCCCGAAACUCAGGAUCCCGAGCACUCACUCAGAUGUGACAAGCUCUACCUUCUCCCCAAAUUACUCCGCCCAGCGUACGAUUACUCCGUCGAUACUUGGCAAAAAACAGCCCUUCUCCCAGCACAAUGUACCGAAGUCCCCAAAGCCAUACAGCUCUACGGAGUCCCCCGCGGACUUCUAUAGACAAGACCCUCAUUAUGGACAAACAACACCUUUCUCCGAGGUUGAUGUCCCGAUAACAGCAAUUCCACUAGGGCCCGUCGCAAGAAUGUGUUCUCAGUCCGUGCCACCGGAUAUGCGCUUUGGUGGGCAUUAUGCCCGUCAACUAACCGACCCAAUCCCUCGGCCCGCAUCCACCAAAAACGAGAACAGCCGUCGUAAUGCGAUUCACUUGAAUCCGCAAACCUUCGGACCAAUGCAUUCUUUAGAGGAACGAGAGCCCCUUCCUCCAAUCGAGACACCAGAGGAUAUGGCAAGAACCCCGCGAGCCGCGCACUGCAGAAACAAUCCGUUUACCCCUGGGGGGCGGUAUGCAAACGAUAUCAUCCACAGUGGCUGGAUGAAAAAGCGUAGAACAACUCGCCUCUUGCGCCACGAAUGGGAGGAGCAUCACUUUGCUCUCCGAGGCACUCGGCUUGCGAUGUACUCUGACGAGGAUGCCUCCCAGCGAAACUCGAAGGCACUCGAAUACAUUGACGUUGAUGACUACGCGGUCGCGUGUUCUUCUCUGCCUUCUAACUCGAAGCUGACUGCCGCCUUCAAGAAAACUGUCCUGAAGCGCAAAGAUAGCAGCCAAGGGGAGGCAGCAUUUGCCUUUUCCCUUAUCCCUUCACCGACCAACAGCAGCUUUGACAAGAAGGCACUUUUCGCCAACGGCCCCAAAUCUCACCACUUCGCAGUCAAAACUCGAGAUGAACGCAUUGACUGGAUGAGGGAGCUGAUGCUUGCCAAGGCACUGCGCAAAGGGCGAGAAAGUGGUGCGUCGGUCAAUGUUAACGGCACAGCUUUCUGA